AUGUUAGAAAACAAACAUACUACUUUAGAAGGAUUAAAAGAAAUCUUGGAACAUAGAGCAUCUCUUAAUUGAGGUUUAUCUAAAACUUUAAAGGAAUCUUUUCCUUCUAUAAUACCAGUUAAAAGGGUAAAAAUUGAGAAUAAUAUAUUAAGUAAUUUAUCUUCGCUACCCCUCCUUUCAGGAGGGGGGAACUGAGUAGCUGGCUUCUCAUCAGGAGAAGCCAAUUUUUUUAUAACUAUGUCUGGUACUAAAGUAUGGUUACGUUUUUCUAUAGCUCAAGAUUCAAGAGAUAUAUUGUUAUUAAAAAGUUUAGUCAAAUUUUUUUAA